AUGUACCUUGGAUCUGACAGUCAGGUCACUGACUUCCCGGAAGACUUCCUAGCUCCUGAAAUUUCUUCACCUCUGGAGAGUGAGGCCCAAAAAACGGAGACAGAGGCAAACGAACCCAUACAAGGCGAGCUAAUAGACGAUGAUGAUUCCGACAAGGGAGAGUUAACUUCAAUAAAGUUUGAUGGAGACGUCAGCGUUGACGUGGAGUCGGUUAGGCGAUGCAUGCCGUUAGGGGCAUUCAUGACGGGUUCAUUAGCGUCGUUCUAUUUCAAACACUACAUUCCUUACGUAAUUCUUCGAGAUGAUAAUAUAAGAGACCAGAUUAUCUUCUUCGAUAGCGAUUGUUAUGCACUCAUUAGAAGAAAGUGUGAAAAAGAUUGUAGAGAUCGAACGGAUGGAGAAAUUACGGUUGAAAAGGCUGUAGCCAUGUUUGGUAGGCAAAAGAAAAAAGAGCUGCUCCCGUUCAUCAUGGAUUUAAUUCACUAUGAGCUAGUAGUAAUACCGCUGUUUUGGGACAAUCAUUGGAUGUUGGGACUACUUCAAAUUUAUCCGGGUGGUGGCAAGGACUCGAUCAGCGGUCGCCUAAUCAUAGUGGACAGCAAAUUUAAUGAUCCGGUCAACAAGUGAGU